UGAAACCAGAAGUACCUGAAAGCUUUCUCUCUCUCUCUCUCUCUCUACUUUCUCUCUCCUUCCACUCUGUCACCGUUUUCCACUCCACAGAAACCUUCUUCUUCAUCAUCAUCAUCGUCUUCUUCUUCUUCUUCUUCUUCUUCUUAGUUGAUACCAAUUUCCGAGUGUGAUUCUUCAAUCAUUCCUUGUUCCGCCGUUUCGAUUUCUUCUCCGAAGCUUUAUCUCAGAUUCCGUUGAUCGCUUUUUGGUUUGGUUUUGGGUUUUCUUCUUAUCAAUGCCGAUUGAAGAUGAUGUUGAGAGCUGCGGUAGCCGAGCCUCUGACUCCUCCUCGUCCCAAGCGAACCCGAGGCAUCAUCGCCAGAAGCUUGAUGUCUACAACGAAGUGCUCCGACGAAUCCAGGAAUCCAAUUUUCAUGAGGCCAAUUUACCUGGAUUUGAUGAUCAGCUAUGGCUUCAUUUCAAUCGCCUCCCUGCUCGAUACGCAUUGGAUGUGAAUGUCGACAGGGCGGAAGAUGUACUCAUGCAUAAGAGAUUACUUCAAUUGGCUGUAGACCCUGCUAACCGACCCGCAUUCGACGUUCGUUCUGUGCAGGUUUAUCCUUCUCCUAAUGAAAACUUUAUCAAUUCUUCUUUUCUGGAUUCUUCAAUGACGGAAGAUGCUCAGAGCUCUUUGAAUUAUUCUAACAGACAAGGGAACCAUCCACCUCCAACCUUUGGUUCUUCUCCUAAUCUUGAAGCAUUUGCAAUUCAGGCCUGCAAGUAUGGGGUCGAAGAUAGGGACAGUGCCCUAAACAUGACACCCUGCUUUUCUCGGCCAAUGCAUGAGAUCACAUUUGCAACAAUUGACAAGCCUAAACUCCUUAGUGAGUUAACUUGCUUCCUAGCUGAUGUUGGACUUAACAUACAAGAAGCUCAUGCUUUCUCCUCUGUUGAUGGUUUCUCUCUGGAUGCUUUUGUCAUCGAUGGAUGGCCUUAUGAGGAAACCGAGGAGCUGAAAAGGGCAUUAGAAAAAGAAAUUUUAAGUUUUAAGGAACAGUGUUGGUCAGAAAAGCAGCCGAGUCCUGCUUUGGGUAAGCAUAACCAGAAUAGAGUUGAAUCUUUUCCUUGUUGUGUUGAGAUACCUACUGAUGGUACUGAUGUCUGGGAAAUUGACACCAGACAACUAAAAUUUGAGAAUAAAGUUGGAUCCGGGUCGUAUGGGGACCUGUAUCGGGGCACUUAUUGUAGUCAGGAAGUAGCUAUUAAAGUACUGAGGCCUGAGCGUCUUAGCGAAGAGAUGGUCAAAGAAUUCUCUCAAGAAGUUUAUAUAAUGAGGAAAGUUCGGCACAAAAAUGUUGUUCAAUUCAUUGGAGCAUGUACCAAACCUCCAAACCUCUGCAUCGUGACGGAGUUUAUGUCGAGAGGAAGUCUAUAUGACUUCCUUCACAAGCAAAGAGGUGUAUUUAACCUUCCAUCUUUACUUAAAGUAGCCAUUAACAUUUCAAGAGGGAUGAACUAUUUGCAUCAAAAUAAUAUAAUCCAUCGAGACCUCAAGACUGCCAAUCUUCUGAUGGAUGAAAACAUGGUUGUUAAGGUUGCUGAUUUUGGAGUUGCCAGAGUUCAAACUCAAUCUGGAGUAAUGACAGCUGAAACUGGAACAUACCGGUGGAUGGCUCCUGAAGUUAUUGAGCAUAAACCAUAUGACCACAAGGUAGAUGUUUUCAGCUUUGGAAUAGCUUUAUGGGAGCUUUUAACCGGAGAUAUUCCUUACUCAUCCAUGACCCCAUUACAAGCAGCUGUUGGCGUAGUCCAGAAGAGACUGCGACCUACAAUACCGAAGAAUGCUCAUCCCGUUGUUGCUGAACUGCUUGAAAGAUGCUGGAGGCAGGACCCAACCGAACGGCCAAACUUCUCUGAAAUUUUAGAGAUCCUCAAACAGAUAGCUGAGCAGGUCAAAAACAACGGGGAAAAUCAACGCAAGAAGGAUAAAAUAUCCAGUGUGUUCUUCUCAGCCUUCAAGAGGGAGCACCACUGAAUACACUGGACGAGCUUCGCCAGAGGUACAAUGGUGCUGGUAAUCAAUAAGACCCUCCCACAAAAAGUAGGAAAAUGUUUGGACCGCCUUUUUUGUGACUUUCGUGUUCAUGUUUCCUUCUUUACCUAACAGCUAUAUUGGUAGAUAACCCGUAGCAUGCUGUAUAAUAUGCUAUUCAAAACUAAUACAUCUGAAUGUAGAAUUCGCCUUCUUUCUUUGAUAUUA